UUGUGUGCAGGACAAGAAGAAAAAAAAAACCAAACAAACACAGGCUUGUCCACGUCUCUACUCUUAGGCCACUACAUAGGGAACAGGGACGAUUUAGGACACGCCCUUAAUAUGGGUCACUAUGAGGCCACGCCCCCAAGGGUAGGGCUGCGCACUGCAGCACACUGAGAUUCUGCUGUGUUUAUGAGAGGGAUGAUCUCAUCACAUCCUUUUUUCAUUUAAAAUUUAUAACCAGCUGGGUGCUGGUCUCCUCAGGCAGAUCGGAGAGCCAAAUAGUGCAUGUACGUGAUUGGAGGGAUGUCGGAGAGAAUUAAAUAUGAUCGCCUGCGGGCCGAGGGCGCAGGCACCAACGAGCAAGCACUGCCCUUCCUCAACCAGGACUACGAGGCACUGAAACAGGAGUGUUUGGAAAGCGGCAGUCUCUUCGAGGACCCAUGUUUCCCUGCACAGCCACAUUCACUCGGAUUCAAGGAGCUCGCGCCUUACUCAUCUAAAACGCGUGGAGUCGAGUGGAAGCGGCCCACCGAGCUGACGGAUGAUCCACAGUUCAUCGUUGGAGGAGCCACUCGGACCGAUAUCUGCCAAGGAGCUCUGGGUGACUGCUGGCUGUUAGCUGCGAUCGCAUCCCUCACUCUCAACGACAAGCUCUUGCAUAGGGUGGUUCCUCACGGCCAGAGCUUCACGGAUGAUUACGCCGGAAUUUUCCACUUUCAGUUCUGGCAGUUCGGCGACUGGGUGGACAUAGUCAUCGACGACCGUCUGCCUGUAAAGGAUGGAGAGCUCGUUUUUGUGCACUCGGCAGAAGGGUCCGAGUUUUGGAGCGCCCUGCUGGAGAAAGCCUAUGCUAAGUUGAACGGCUCGUACGAGGCUCUGUCUGGAGGCUCCACCACGGAGGGCUUUGAGGAUUUCACAGGUGGCGUGUCUGAGAUGUACGAGCUGAGGUCAGCGCCCAGAGAUUUGCCCCGCAUCAUCACAAAGGCCCUGGAACGAGGAUCGCUGCUCGGCUGCUCUAUAGACAUCACUAGUGCCUUUGACAUGGAAGCGGUGACCUUCAAGAAGCUGGUGAAAGGUCAUGCCUACUCUGUGACAGGACUCCGAGAGGUGGAUUUCCGUGGUAACAGAGAGAGGCUGAUCCGUAUCCGGAACCCGUGGGGGCAGGUCGAAUGGACAGGGGCGUGGAGUGACGAUUCAUCCGAAUGGAACCAUAUUGAUCCGUCUGAUAGAGAGGAGAUGAACUGCAAAAAAGAGGACGGAGAGUUCUGGAUGCCGUUUCAGGAGUUUAAGCGCCAGUUCUCGCGCUUGGAGAUCUGUAACCUGACACCUGAUGCACUAAGCGAUGACAGUCUGAGUUUCUGGAACACCAUCAAGUUCGACGGCAGCUGGAGGAGAGGAAGCACAGCAGGAGGCUGCAGGAAUCAUCCCAACACAUUCUGGAUAAACCCGCAGUACAAGAUCACGCUUCUGGAAGAGGACGACGAUCCCGACGAUCCCGAGGUGGCCUGCAGCUUCCUGGUGGCGCUGAUGCAGAAGGACCGACGACGCUACCGUAAGCAGGGCCAGGACAUGCACACCAUCGGCUUUGCCAUCUAUGAGGUCCCAGAUGAGUUCCGAGGUUCCCAGAGCGUUCAUUUGAAGAAGGAGUUCUUCCUCCGCAACUCUUCCUGUGCUCGCUCUGAGACCUUCAUCAACCUGCGGGAGGUGAGCACGCGACUCCGGCUGCCUCCGGGUGAGUACCUCGUCGUGCCCUCGACGUUCGAACCCGGGAAAGAAGCCGACUUUGUCCUCCGCGUGUUUACCGAGAAACAGUCUGAGACCGAAGAGAUGGAUGAUGAGGUGUCGUUCACGCCGGAUGAAGAGGAAGAGAUCUCUGGUGAAGAUAUUGAUUCCUCAUUCCAGAACCUGUUUGCUCAGCUUGCUGGUGAGGAUAUGGAGAUCUCAGUCCAUGAGCUGAGGACCAUCCUGAACAGAGUAGUGUCCAAACAUCGGGACCUAAAGACGGACGGGUUCAGUAUGGAGGCGUGCAGGUCGAUGGUGGCUCUCAUGGAUAAAGACGGAAGUGCUCGUCUGGGAAUUGUGGAGUUCCAGAUCCUGUGGAAUAAGAUCAGGAAGUGGCUGGGCGUUUUCCGGGAAUUUGACCUGGACAAAUCGGGAACCAUGAGCUCGUAUGAGAUGCGGUUGGCCUUGGAGUCUGUUGGUUUUAAGCUCAACAACAAGCUGAACCAGGUGCUGGUGGCGCGUUACGCUGACCAAGACAUGAUCGACUUUGAUAACUUCAUCUGUUGCCUCGUCAAACUAGAGGCCAUGUUUAGAGUCUUUAAGGAGCUGGAUAAGGACGGCUCUGGAGUUGCUGAGCUGAACAUCUCCGAGUGGCUGUACCUGACCACGUGCGGCUGAGUUUCCUGAACCGAGCUGCGUCGAGAAAAUUGGGACGUCCACGAAGAUGCCGAGAAAACAGUCAGCACAGUUCUGGCUGCCUUAACCACUUCAAUGCUAACUAGACCCACCUCAGAAACCUUAUUACGUUAUCAACUAUGCAACAUACAGAGCUUCGCCACCUAAAACUACAUGAUUUGCGUUGCACUCCAUACACUACACAGCUGCAUGCAUAUUAAGAGUGAACAAAUCUCGCACUGUGCCCAAGUGCAUGUCACUAAUCUUAUUUCACGGCCUUUGAUGACUUGGAAUAUAUUUCCUCUUAUUUGGAGUUGUGGAACUUUGAAUUUUGUUAAAAGUAGACCACUACAUAUCUAUGAAAUAAUCCAGUAUACAAGUCAGCGUGUCCCAGUAACUGGUUAGACGGUGCAUCAUAAUGUCCAGCAUGCAUGAUGAUAUCAGUGUUAUCAAAGUUUUCAUUUAUCCAAACUCAGAAGGAAAGAAACGUGAGCUCUGUUUAAAGUUUGUGCUGCAGCUAAAAGAAGUAAUCUCCUUUAAAUUUUCUGAAAAUAUAAUAUCGGAAACCAGGAAUAAUCCUUUGUUCGAUGAUAAAACUUGACAUUGGCACCUUUGUACCUGACCACAUAUGCAAUGCAAAAACCACAUCAAUCUCUGCUUUCCACUCUGUCAAUUUAGCCUUAAUGAAGAUUAUUUUAUAGUAUUAUUUCAUUGUAGGUUGUUUUCUCAAACUGCUGCUUAACAAUAAAGUCAUUAGGAGGGAAAAA